ACAGACGCCGCUGCCAAUGCAAUGCCUCUGUUUCGGGCCUCACCUGAACUUGUCGGGGCGAAGGCUCGGGCCGGGCGGAGGCGGGUGAGGAAAGUGGAGGGGAUGGGGAGCUGCGGCGAGACAGAUGACGGCGGCUCUGUCCCUCCGUUGGCACGGAUGUGCCUGCUUAGCCUCGCUGACAACAUGAAGGACGUGUGGGUGAAGGACUACGCUGUCCACUACCUGGAUCAGUAUUCAUUCAGGCACAUUAUGGGGCCUUUCAACUUACUGCCAGGUGAGCUGGUCGAGGAGCUCACGAGGCUGCUGUGUACCAGAAAGCAGUUGUCCCGGGCAGCUCUCCACCUCCUUCUGGUCCCCCAACUCCGUGGCCUGUCUCUGCAACGGUGUCCUGGUCUGGUCACCUCCGCCCUCUGUGCCCACAUUACUGCACGUUGCCAGGGUCUGUGGAGUCUGGAUCUAUCUGGAGCGCAGCAGCUGCCUUCAAAAGUCCUGUCUGAAACUCUCUGCUGUCUACCUGCCCUCCGCUCGCUCUCCCUGGCUGGGAUGCCUUGUGACAGAUCUGUCAUCAGGACGAUUGCCCAAUGCUGCCGUUUGCUGCGCCAUCUAGAUGUAUCUCACUGUCAUUUCCUUUCCCCUGCUUCACUACUUCCUCUUGGAGGUGGGUCUUUCUGCUCAUCAUCUGCUAUUCCUUCUAGCUCAUCUUCUUGCUGCACCGCUACAUCUCAGUCUCCUCUUUACCCUUUCUCCUCUGACCCCUCCUCCUCCUUUUCUGCACCCCUGUCUCCUCUCCCCCUCAUCAGUCUAAUGGCUCUGGAUACUGGGUUUGGGGAACAAGAUGGAGACCCUGUGGUGGCAGCAGCCUACCUACUCCUCUCCCUGCCUGGCCUGGAAAGAGUGGCCAUGGAGGGCCUUGCCCAGGCCUGCUGUCUCAUUGAGCACAAAGCGUUUAGCCAGACAGAUGAGUUCACUGACAGAGAAGGAGUUCCGAGGCUGAAGGAUGUGUGGAGGGAGAGGAGACACAGGCAGGGAAUGGAUAGUUGGACGAGGAAGAAGAGAGGAGGAGCAGCGGCAGUGGAUGAGGAACAUGAGGAUGAUGAGGAGAAGGAGAGGAUAUUGUGGGAAGGGUAUGGUGGUGAGAGGGAGGAUGAUGGAAGUGGAGAUGAAGGGCCAAGUUGCUCUUUGAACCAAGCAGAAGAAAAAAGGAGAGGGAGAGUUUUGUCACAGUCAGGUGACGAACAACUGAUCUUGCGCCUAAAGGAUGUCAAGGGCUUAACUUGUGACUUUCUGGACAGUUUAGGCCAUUUAUGUCCAGACAUCUACUCCAUAUCUGUGACCGCUGAUGAUCAUGAAGAUACUAGAGGAAGAAGCCAGGGGACUGUGUUAGCUGCAGGCCUCCACACCUGGUCAGGCCAGCUACAGAACCUUUCAGUACACUUCCCAGGCGAUCUGGUGGAUCUCCUUCCUGCCUUGCAAGUUGCAGGCUCCUCCCUGGUCUCUCUCACCCUGGAAGAGGUGAAAACCAGCCCUCACACCCCUCUACUGGAGGUCAUCAAGGCCUGUCCUAGACUCAGAGAUCUGCUCAUCUCUGCCGAGCCUCCCACCAUGCCACAGGAAGAAGAAGAAGAUCACGAUCGGCGGGAUAAUCACGAUCGGCCGGAUGAUCGGGAUCUUCCACGGCUGCCUAACCUCCGCUCUCUCACACUCAAUUUCUCCUACAUUCACAGCCAAAUGAAGCCUGCCAUGUCCUGGAUGUCCCUGAAGAAGGGGCUCAGGUGUCUACUGACUGGUUCUCCUUUACUGGAGAAGCUCUCACUGGUCUCCCUGCCGUGCCCUCUGAACUGCGUCUUACGGGACGUACUGCGCAUAGGGGACUUGGACCUGUAUCUCUCUGCGGAUUCCACAGACUUAGCUCCAGUGCCACUCGGACGGCUACAGCACAUUGAUUUGCUGCGGACAGAUGUGAAGAUGAUAACAGUGAAAAAUAUAAUGCAACAGAGCAAGAGACUCAAGUUUGUAGAUGUGAGUUACUGCUGGCAAAUCAGUCAGCUCGAUUGGUGGGACUGCAUGUCGUCCAGUAAAGUCAAAGUUGUCUGGGUGUAGUGAAGAGAUGGCCAGCUUCCAAUACAGGGCAACACUGUUGAAGGUGGAUAAACAAUGCUUUAAAUUAUUGAAAUAAAAAGAUACAAUGCACACUUUCUACAGAGUCGAUUGCAGUAGUAUCUCAGCUUUUGUGACUAUAACUCUAUAGCUUUUGUUAUUUCUGUAACACAGACACAGAUUGAUCUUUCAGACUGUUUUUGCGCUGAUUGCACGUGCCUUUGAUUCUUGUCUCAAAUCAAAAGACAUUGGACCUAUUCCUACAGUGCCUGGGAUGAAUUGCAAUAAUUUUGUAUCAUCUGUAUUGUGCUUUAAAUCUUUUGACUAUCAUGUUUUUCUGAGGUAAUGGUGCAUCGAACAGACAACAUGUAACUUAUGCCUGAGAAACCCCAUGGUAGGAACACUAUCAAUAAAGA